CGACAACCGCCCACAACACUCACCGCGACACUUUUCGCCCCUUCAACCUCCUUCAACACAUAUUAUCGAAAUGUCUUCUGCAGCUGGUGGCAAGUCUGGUGGAAAGGCUGGUGGCAAGGCCGGGGCUGGUGGUGAUGCCGUCAAGGCUGGUGCUUCCCGGUCUGCAAAGGCUGGUCUUCAGUUCCCUGUCGGUCGUAUCCACCGUCUCCUCAAGCGGGGCAACUACGCCCAGCGCAUCGGUGCUGGUGCACCUGUGUACAUGGCUGCCGUCCUUGAAUACCUCGCAGCUGAGCUUCUUGAGCUUGCUGGCAACGCCGCCCGUGAUAACAAGAAGGCCCGUAUCGUUCCCCGCCAUCUGCAGCUCGCCAUUCGUAACGAUGAGGAACUGACCAAGCUCCUCGGCCACGUCAUCGUCUCCGAAGGUGGUGUCGUUCCUUUCAUCAUGCCCGAGCUCCUGCCUACCAAGACAAAGAGCAAGAAGACCGCCGAGUCUCAGGAUCUCUGAUUUUCUCGCGCUGCUUUUCCCUACUCUUGUCUCCUGUCACAGUAUAUUUGUGCUCUAAUUGUAUUCUGUGGAUUCCAUCCAUAUCUGCGAACAACAGAGUACGAGUUG